UCAAAAGCAUUCUAUUUUAUUAGCGCUGAUGUUCAGUGUAGACGUGAAGUUGUGUAGUUUGACACAAAAAUUAUAUAUAUUUAGUGCUUAGUGAUUAUCCAGUUAUUAUUUUUGGAAAAUUCAUUUGAAAACAUGGCACCUAUAGGUAAGUCGUUCUUUAAUAUAAAUAACAUACCUCUGACGGUUUUCGGCAUGUUCCAAUUAUUUUUUCAGUCUGGACCUGUCUGGUUAAAUAUUUUACCAUCCCAAGACCCAAACCUCUGUUAGCACCUGUGAUUACAACUGUUCUCAUUGUGAAUGCACACUCUUCUAAUGUCUUGACGUUUAUUAUUAAUCUUUUGAUACGUACCCCUACCCGUUUCGCUGCCUUGCCUGCGUGUCGUGAUAAUUUUGCCCUUGUCUCUGUCAUUUUCAUUUUGUCAAAAUGACAAUACUGAGUAAUGUCCUAAAGAUAAAAAAUUUCGUAAAAACCCUAUUAAUAAAAGAUAAUAUUUCAUUAGUUGUGCGGCGAACUCUCGGGAGCAGCUGGAUGUGUUGUAGCCGUAAAACCAACUUGGUUGCUCCCAAUGACUGUGUCAUUGAAGAUGGAAACUUUGAUUAUGACCUGGCCGUUAUUGGUGGUGGGUCUGGAGGACUCGCAUGUGCAAAAGAAGCAGUAAACCAAGGAGCCAAAGUGGCAGUGUUAGAUUAUGUGACUCCAUCACCACAAGGCACUAAAUGGGGUCUUGGUGGCACCUGUGUCAAUGUUGGAUGCAUACCUAAGAAAUUGAUGCAUCAGGCUGCUAUACUAGGAGAAAGUAUUCAUGAAGCGGUGUCAUACGGCUGGCAAGUGCCUCAGUUGGAGAAUAUAAAAAUCGACUGGGCAGCUCUCACGCAAUCGGUACAAAACCACAUCAAGUCAGUUAAUUGGGUGACAAGGGUGGAUUUGAGAGAUAAAAAAAUCGAAUACAUUAACGGCUUAGGAGAGUUUAAGGACCCGCAUACAUUAAUCGCUACUUUAAAGAAUGGCUCAAAGAAAGAGUUGACCGCGAGGAACAUAGUGAUAGCGGUGGGCGGGCGGCCCCACUACCCCGACAUACCGGGCGCGGUGGAGUACUGCAUCAGCAGCGAUGACGUGUUCAGUCUUAGCCACCCGCCGGGGAAGACGCUCGUAGUCGGCGCUGGAUACAUUGGGUUAGAAUGCGCUGGAUUUUUGAAUUCGCUUGGGUAUCCGGCGACGGUGCUGGUCCGUUCUGUGCCUCUGCGCGGGUUCGACCAACAGAUGGCGCGCACUGUCACCAACGAGAUGGAGGAGCGAGGUGUCAAGUUCCAUCACCGGUGUGUCCCUCUGGGAGUCGAGAAACUAACAUCGGGACAGCUCAAGGCGUCCUGGUUAAAUACAGAGACCAAGGAACAGUUCGAGGAUGUAUUCGACACAGUUCUGAUGGCGACAGGCCGGUAUGCUCUCACCAAAUCUCUGAAUUUGGAAGCCGCAGGAGUUAACACGCUGUCCGAGAACGGCAAGAUAGUGGCGGAGACGGAGCAGACGAACGUGCCGCACAUAUACGCGGUGGGCGACGUGCUCGAGGGGCGGCCCGAGCUGACGCCGGUCGCGAUCCACGCGGGCCGCCUGCUCGCGCGCCGCAUGUUCGCCGCCGCCGCGCAGCAGAUGGACUACGAGAACGUCGCCACCACAGUGUUCACGCCCCUCGAGUACGGAUGCGUCGGCAUGAGCGAGGAGAGGGCCAUCGAGAGGUACGGCGCAGAUAACGUGGAGGUGUAUCACGCGUACUACAAGCCGACCGAGUUCUUCAUCCCGCAGCGGAACAUCAAAAACUGCUACCUGAAGGCGGUGGCGGCGCGCGAGCCUCCGCAAAAGGUGCUCGGACUUCACUUCGUGGGCCCGGUCGCCGGCGAGGUCAUACAGGGCUUCGCCGCCGCAGUCAAAUGCGGCAUCACUAUGGAACAGUUGAUGAACACUAUAGGCAUUCACCCGACAGUCGCGGAGGAGUUCACUCGCCUCAACAUCACUAAGCGAUCCGGACGCGACCCCAACCCCGCCUCCUGCUGCAGCUAAAUAUUACCACACCCUCCAGAGCAUUAGCAUAGCUCCCCAAACCACGAUCACGACACCCAGAUCAUAACCCCAGCCAUCUUUGCUUGGGACCAUAACCGCAGCCGGAGGACUAUUACUACAAACUCAGAUGAAUACCGAAGCUCCAAAGGCUAAAUAAUAAAAAUAUCAACAUGUAAACGAGAAA